AAAAUAUUUACAUAUUAUGUGAUCUUUACUUCACAGGUAACCCCCUUUUGCUUCAAAGGUGUUUUUCGCUAUUUUUUUAUAUUAAUCCGAUUUUAGUUUUAUUUGUUUCAUUUCUUAAUCCUAUGAACGGCCAAACAAACAAACAUUGGCAAAAGAAUGCAGGCGGAUUUUUUUACUUUUUUCGUUCCGACACCUUUUUGCAAAUCAAGGAAUUCGAUGGCCCGAGGCAAUAUUUCUCAACAUUUGCUUUGAUAUUAAUGGUGUGA